AAAUUAAUUGUAAAAGAAAAAAGUAAGGAAAAAAAAAAAGAGAGAGCUGGAAAAAUAGUAUUUCUCCGUCAUUUCCCACGCCAUUGGCAUAAAUCGAUUUCUUCAACUUUGAACAAAGAGAAGAAGAGGGCAACGAAACCCUAAUUUCUCUUCCCCACUACUCGAUUUCUCUCUCUCUUUAUCCUCCGGUAGCUCACAUGGCGUCCCGAAACUGUCGGUGGGAGCUCAUCGCAGCUUCGCUAGCCCUAACCUUAGCUUUGAUUCACCUGGUGGAGGCAAAUUCCGAAGGAGACGCUCUUUACGCUCUUCGCCGGAGCUUAUCGGAUCCAGACCAUGUGCUCCAGAGCUGGGAUCCGACUCUUGUUAAUCCUUGUACCUGGUUCCAUGUCACCUGUAACCAAGACAACCGCGUCACUCGAGUGGAUUUGGGUAAUUCAAACCUUUCUGGACAUCUUGCACCUGAGCUUGGAAAGCUCGAACAUUUACAGUAUUUGGAGCUGUACAAAAACAACAUCCAAGGAACUAUACCUUCUGAACUUGGAAAUCUGAAGAAUCUCAUCAGCUUGGAUCUGUACAACAACAAUCUUACUGGGAAAGUUCCUACUUCUCUGGGAAAGUUGAAGUCUCUGGUCUUUCUACGGCUUAAUGACAACCGAUUGACCGGUCCAAUCCCUAGAGAACUCACAGCAAUCCCAAGCCUUAAAGUUGUUGAUGUCUCUAGCAAUGACUUGUGUGGAACAAUCCCAACAAAAGGACCGUUUGGACACAUUCCUCUUCAGAAUUUUGAGAACAACCCGCGAUUGGAGGGGCCGGAAUUACUCGGUCUUGCAAGCUAUGACACCAACUGCACCUGAAAAACAACUGGCAAAACCUGAAAAGAAGAAAUGGGGGGGGUGACCUUGUAAGAACACUUUCACCACUUUUUUCAAAAUAUCACAUCUAUUAUGUAAUAAGUAUAUAUGUACUAGUUAAAAAAAAAGAUGAAUCGAAUCAGUAAUCUUCCGUCUCGGAUCGCCAAUAGACUGAGUGAGUUCUGUGUAUGUAAAAUCCGUACAUGCGCCUUUUGCGUAUUGUAACGUUAGUUGUGUGAUUCUGAGAAGUAACAUUUGUAUUGGUAGCAAGUCGUUUGCCUUUGUCUGCAUUAACACUUAUGUAAGAUCUGUCAUAUAAAGCAAAAAAAAAUAUAUGCAUUUGGGUACUUGAUUGUUAU